AUGUCGACCGCGACCAGUGCCACCGCGGCGACCAAGGAUGAGUCGCAGCCCGUCAAGAAGGGCGGGCCCACGGUCCUGCGAUCCAUUCUGGCUGGAUCUUCGGCCGGCGCUGUUGAGAUUGCCAUAACAUACCCUGCCGAAUUUGCCAAGACCCGGUCACAGUUGAAUCGGAACUUGACUGCUGGACAAAAGCUGCCGUGGCCGCCCUUUGGAGCGCAGUGGUAUGCCGGGUGCACGACGUUGAUUAUUGGAAACUCGCUCAAGGCCGGUAUCCGAUUCGUGGCCUUUGACCAGUACAAGAAGCUGCUUUCCGACGCCGACGGUAAUAUUUCCGGCCCCAAGACUGUUAUCGCCGGCUUCGGCGCUGGUGUGACGGAAUCAGCCCUUGCCGUGACACCGUUUGAGAGCAUCAAGACGACGUUGAUCGAUGACAAGAAGUCCGGAAAACCCCGUAUGCGCGGCUUCCUCAGUGCCGUUCCCAUUAUCGCACGCGAGCGUGGACUCCGUGGCUUCUUCCAAGGCUUCGUACCGACAACGGCCCGACAGGCGGCGAACAGCGCGGUACGGUUCAGCGCAUACAACAUGCUCAAGCAGAUGGCCGAGUCGUACACGGCGCCGGGGGAGAAGCUGGGCGCCGUCGGGACGUUCGCCAUGGGAGGCAUCGCCGGCGUGAUUACGGUCUAUGUCACCCAGCCCCUUGAUACGAUCAAGACGCGCAUGCAGAGCAUCUCGGCACGGACCCAGUACGGCAAUUCGUUCCGGUGUGCGGCCAUGAUCCUCAGGCAGGAGGGCGUGCUGACGCUAUGGAGCGGCGCGCUGCCGCGUUUGGCGCGUCUAGUGGUGAGCGGCGGUCUGGUGUUUACCAUGUACGAGAAGAGCAUGGACUUCAUGGACAAGAUGGAUCCCGAGGGAAGAUACAUCUAA